GGACUCCUGUCAUGGCGACCGGAAGUGACCUUUUGGACACAAUUCUUUACAAAAGCAUUAAACAUAAAGGACAAAACAGGAACAGCAGGUCUUUCGUAUGUCUUUUAUCUCCUGUCCUUUAUGUGUAACAACUUCUUAAAAAAGAAUUCGGUUUUUGGACGACUACACUAGCGCCACCAAAGUCACUCCCCAGCUUCUAGCGCGGUUCAAGCAUCGUCAACGCCAUCACGCUUUCGCCUCAAAUGUUUUUUUGAACACGUGUUUACCAUGCAGGAGAUAGAAGAAACACAAGUUCUGUCGUCCUCGAAAAAAGAGAAGAAAAAGAGGAAAACCCUAGGGGACAUCCAGGCAGAGGGCGACUUUGUGAUCCAGCCGUCAGAAAAGGCGGGCAGCCUCAACACCUCACAGUGGCCACUUUUGCUCAAGAACUUUGACAAGCUGAAUGUGCGGACGAACCACUAUGUGCCCAUGCCACACGGCAGCUCGCCGCUCAAGCGGGAGCUGCGCGAGUACAUCCGCUCGGGUUUCAUCAACCUGGACAAGCCGUGCAACCCUUCCUCCCACGAGGUCGUCGCCUGGGUCAAGCGCAUCCUCAAGGUGGAGAAGACGGGACACAGUGGCACCCUGGACCCUAAGGUGUCCGGCUGCCUCAUCGUGUGCAUAGAGCGGUCCACCCGGCUGGUCAAGUCCCAGCAGAGCGCGGGCAAGGAAUACGUGGCCAUCUUUAAGCUGCACGAGGACCCCAAGUCAGAGCGGGAGGUGCUCCAGGCAUGCGAGAAGUUGAAGGGGGCCCUGUUCCAGCGGCCGCCCCUCAUCUCGGCCGUCAAGCGCCAGCUGCGCAUCCGCACUAUCUACGAGAGCAAGCUGCUUGAGUUCAACAAGAACAACAACAUGGGGGUGCUGUGGGUGAGCUGCGAGGCGGGCACGUACGUGCGCACGCUGUGCGUCCACCUGGGCCUGGUGCUGGGCACGGGAGGAGUGAUGCAGGAGCUGCGCAGGGUGCGCUCGGGCAUCCAGGACGAGAAGACGGGCAUGGCGACCCUUCACGACGUGCUGGACGCCCAGUGGCUGUACGAGAACCACAAGGAUGAGACGUACCUGCGCCGAGUCAUCAAUCCGCUUGAGCGUCUGCUCGUCUCGCACAAGCGCAUCGUCAUGAAGGACAGCGCCGUGAACGCUGUCUGCUACGGUGCCAAAGUGAUGCUGCCCGGUGUCCUCCGCUACGAGGACAACAUUGAUCUCAACGACGAGAUCGUCAUCAUCACCACCAAGGGCGAGGCCAUCUGUCUCGGCAUAGCCCUGAUGACGACGUCGACCAUCACGACAUGCGACCACGGCAUCGUGGCCAAGAUCAAGCGGGUGGUGAUGGAGCGGGACACCUACCCCCGCAAGUGGGGCCUUGGACCAAACGCCAUCCGCAAGAAGCAGAUGAUCAAGGAGGGCAAGUUGGACAAGCACGGGCGCCCCAACGACAACACCCCCGAGGGCUAUGAGGAAGGGGCGGGGGAAGUUCCCGGAGGCAGCACAAAGAAGAGGAAGCACAGCGCAACCUCCGAUGCACCGGCUCCCGAGGCCAGCGAGGAGGAAGGCGCUUCCGUGGCCAAGGAGAAGAAGAAGAAGAAAAAGAAGAAGAAAGACUCCCAGGACUCGGACCAGGAGACGCCCUCCAAAGGAGAGAAGAAGAAGAAACACAGGACGGAGGAGUCCGACUGAAGAGCUGCGCCGGGACCCAUUCCACCCUGUAUCUAUCCUCCCCAGUAAAUGGCUCUCGCCUGUUUUUA